GGAAGUUCGGAAACCAAAACAAAUAUGGCGGAUAGUGUUAGCGUGCGUUUAGAUUCCAGCUGAUUGUGUAACGAAACUUGAGUGUGUGAGUUGUGUAUCCGUUUUUUGUGUCACUGCCUUCCAAUGAUUGGGAACAUGGAGAUGAACUGCCUUGCCAUGUCUAUCGACAAAGAGGACGUGUUAAGAACUGCCAAGAAGAGUACGACAGAGAUAAUCCACAGCGGGCACUUCAUGGUGUCUGACAUUGAGGAUACUGACGUAACGGAUGAUCCUCCACGAGCAAGGGAAGAUGACUGCGUUGAAGAGGUGGAGCAAUCCCUUAUGGAGCCAGUGAACGAGGAGAACGAAGAGAUGACUUUUGGCGAUGUGUCUAUGGAGCAUGAGCAAAACUCGAAGCCUACUAACCACAUCACCAUUGAUGCAUCUCUGACUAAGCUUUUCGAGUGUAUGACGCUGGCUUAUAGCGGGAAGCUGACUUCACCGAAAUGGAAGACUUUCAAGGGACUCAAACUGAAGCUGAAGGACAAGAUUCGACUGAACAAUAUCAUUUGGAGGGCAUGGCACAUGCAGUUUGUGAUAAAGCGGAGGCCCCACGUCUGCCAGUUUGCAUCUCCUCUGGAAGGCGACACUCACAACAAGCCAGAGGCCAUUGUUAUGGAGGGCAAGUACUGGAAGCGGAAGGUAACAAAUAUAACUGCGGAGUACAAGAAGUGGCGAAUGUAUUUUUGCAAGAAUGGUUCCAGCAAGACUGGAGAGGACACCGUAUCAUAUCCGAUGGACCUGGAUUUUCGCUGGUUCUCCCAGAGCGAACCAAUAGAUGACGGAUUCAUUAUGGACUUGUCCGACACGCUGUUCAGCAGCUUGAGCCAACCGUUCGAUUUUCCAAACCCUCGUGAAAUAGCGGUCAGAGCGGGACUUGCAGAUUUUAUCCAGCCUGGCCUGAUCCAACUGCAGCCAGCGUUUGAGGACUUCAUGGACACCUUUGAACCACUGUCUGAUGUGCUCAACUCCAAAUUACCUACACUUGCUGAAGAAGGCGCAGUUGGUGCUGACACUGGUGGUGUAAGCCAGAUGGACGAAUUCCAACUUCCGCAACAACAGAGACAACCACCUCCUCUUCUGUAUGCACGUCAGCCUUCAGUGCAGGAUCAAUUUCAACAGCUUCAAGAGCAGCAGCAGCAGCAGCAACAACAGCGACAGCUUCAACAAAAUGUGUACAACAACACGCUUCAAGUACAACCUCACAUGAAUGCCAGUGACCCGUACGCGACAUCUGUUGCCCAGCAGAACGCUCACCAAGUUCAGUGUGUGCCUCACACACAACAGCAGCAACUUCCUUCACCGACUGAGCAAACAAUCCGAAACUAUGGCUUUGUGCCAAAUCAGAACACUUCAUCGAGCUUUGCAGUACGCUCCCAGAUGACACAAGUGUCACCCCAGAUGGCGCCUCAAAUCGUACCGCGUCAAAGGUCUGCCUUCCAGCCGUCCCAAAGCUACCCGAAAAAGGUUGAGAGGCCUCCCGUGGCUCCAAAGCAGGCUACUUCGUUUGGAAAUCUGGUGCUGCAAGGCAACUCGUCCGCAGCCGAUCCGCAGAGGAUCUUCCAGCCAGCUGUGGUAGCUGGCUUUGCGGACAAGGAAAAGCCACUGGGAGUUGAUCACUCGCUGAGGCGGCACUCGUAUACUGGCUCUCACGCCGACAGCAGUUAUGGGGCGCAGUCUUCCCAUACGGGGGCGUACGCAGGACAGGGUGCCGUAAAUGGAGGCGGAAAGGGCGUCAACUUUGCAGUGCCUAAAGUUGCAUCGAAGGGCAGGAUUCGAGCCCGCAGCAUGUCGUCGCCCCAGAGCAAUAGCAAGCUGCACGCUGCUGCCGGUGCAGUAGUGGCCAGUGCCAAACAAGCAGGGUCCGUGGGAAACCUGCCACGAGUACAUUCACCUCCACAGUUACUCAUACCCAAGCCACUCUCACCAAUGUCGACAGGACGAGCAACUACCUCUAGCAACUCUGUGUCACCUCCUGCGCAACCCAGCACCGUUCUGACGCAGCUGCUCACCACAUCAGGAAAUGCGUUCUCGUGGGAUGCUCAAACUGCACAAGCUACUACUGGAAUCAGUAGAGGCUCCUCACCGGCAACUGUCACUAUCCUGAGUACUGUGGCCGGACCCGUGGCAGCGGCACAGCCUCAGACUUUUGUGUUCACGCCGGUGACUCUGUCUGCCAUACCAAGUACAAACAACAUCCAGAGAGGCCUGAUUGUUGCCACUCCACCACCAGCACCUUCAACAACAUUGGCACACCCUACCAAACAGGGCAACUCAACACCUGCAAAUAAUCUUUCUCAGGCAAAGACAAGUGAAACAACGCCUUCCGCUGCGACUGCAAAGCCAUUCCGGCCCAAGUCUGACGAGGAAAGGGUUCAGUACAGGGAAAAGCGCAGGGUGUGCCACAUCAAUGCGGAGCAGAAAAGACGCUUUAAUAUCAAGAAUGGCUUUGAAUCCCUAAGACACCUGCUGCCCUCUUUGAGUCAAAACCCAGACUCGAAAGUGAGCAAAGCUCAAAUGCUCCAGCAAGCUGGUGAAUAUAUCCGCACGCUGAAAACCGAACGACAGAAGCAGCAAGACGAGGCUGAAGAGUUGCGCAAACAGAUUGAAAAGUACAGCCAGGAGAUCAGCUCAUUUCAAAGCCAGCUGCCAGCAACCGGAGUGCCUCUCGCUUACCAGCGAACCAACCAUUUGAGAGACAAUUUCGAAGAGUACGUCAGAGCCAGAACACUUCAGAAUUGGAAAUUCUGGAUUUUCAGCUUACUGCUAGAACCACUGCUGGAAUCUUACAACCAGACUGUCUCCAAGGCAUGCCUCGAUGAAAUGUGCAAGACCGUCCUGAAGUGGGUGGAACAGAAUUGCUCACUUAGGGACCUCCGACCAGGGGUCCUCACAUCACUGACGUACCUGAGUACAUCGACAAACAUCCUCACAGACCCAGGCAGACUCCCGGAAGAGGCAAAACAGGCCGUAGCAAAGAGGGAUUCAGCAUCACGUUAUAAAAAGCUGCCAUCUGAAAGCCAUAAGGACAGGUAGCAGAGGUUGUACCAGGACAGAGAUAUGUUGUGCCUUCGGUGCCCAUGAAGAGACAGCUUCUGCCAGUUGCCUUCAGUAUGUUGUUUUUAUAUGAAGAGUAUAUAAUGGACAAUGCAGUUGCAAGGACUGUAAUAAUCGUUUGCAUAGCUUCUGUACAAGGGGUAUUUUACCCGAGUUUGAUGUAUCAAUCAAGUACGUGUAUCAUUUCGUCAGGUGCAAUUGACAAGGGAACUCUAGCACUGAGUGCACUGUGCCGGCAAAUGGAGGAAAUGCACAAGGUCCUAGAAACACCUUUUCUUUUUUUCGUUGAAAUAGCUGUCAAUGUGCUAAGUGCCCAGACUUGGCAUGCUGGAUGUCUCGAUUUUUUUAGUUUUAUUUGCUCCUUUUGUCCUCCUGUAAUUUUCUUGUUGGAAAAUGUCGUGACGAUAAAUGUUGCACCCACGUUUGCUCCAGGUCCCAGAAUUUGCAGGAAGUACAGAUUGUAAAAGAUAAGUUGAAGUUGCAUAAGCUGGAAGACAGUAAUAUACUGAAAUAGGCUUAGUACUGCCUAGCCUAUUGAGGACACUUAUUGCAACGUUAAGUUGCUCAGCAUUGCAGAAAGAGUGGUGUAUUGGAUGACGUAAAGGAAUCGAAGACAACAACAUAGAUUGUAAAAUGAUUUUGAGUUUCAUUUAGUACAAAUAUGACAGUCAUGACCAACAUUACCUCGUCACACUGGAGUAUGUGGUUCACUGCAUCUGGUAUUAAUUAAUUUAAACUAAUUAAUUAAGCCAAUAUCUUAAAUGAGUACAAAAGAAAAAUAUGCAUCCACACUUAUCACAUCGGCGUGUAUGUCAAACACGCGAUCAUUUGUUCUCGCAUAUGCAGCAAUAAACACUCUUGAGGCGGACUUUCAGAGCACAACUUUCAGCACUUGCUUGGUUUACCUGCGCUCUACAGGGAGACUAUUUCGGAGUGGGUCAGCAUUCUUGUUGUGGUAUGCUUCCAUGUCUUGGAAGUGGACCCAAGCCUUUGUCUUUUAUGCAGAAAUGCUAUUUCUUCAACAUUGACUGAUACUUUUUUAAACCUCUACUUUGCUCCCGCUGUUGCUUAUAUGUAUGGCCGUGACAAUGUUUUCUACUCUCUUGUGAAUAUUUUGGUAUGAUGCUAAGGCCAUUUUCGGAGCUAAGCUUUGUAGCGAGCAGUUAUUUGGCUAGUGAAAGAAUGGGCUGCUGUUUUUCAUAGCAAUCAUGAAUGAACACAUCACAUCAGACAGCAUUAUUUGUAAUACAUUUGCAAUACAGCAUACAAGCCGAGCAGGUGGUGUUGUGAUUCAUCCAAUUGUACCUCAAAACAACAACCAGUACACAUGUCUUCAGUAUUGUUACGUUCUAGUUUUGAUCAGUCAUAUUAACCAUUCAUCAGUCACGUUGUUGUUGUUGUUGUUGUUUUUUCAUGCAUGCCGACACCUUACAGAAAUUAGAAGAUAAUAUUUUUUCCGAUCUUAGCUGCUUUUUUGAACUGUUUAUUUAGACGUUACCGAAGCCUUACUGGAUUGCCACAUUCAUUGCUAUUCUUCUUACCAGGUCUGACACUUAACCGUUUGACUGGUCAAAUCAAUCGGUUGAGGAUUUGAUCAUCAAUUAAUAUAUUCUGCUCGAUGAACUGAACAGUUGCAGCAGCAUAAUAUCUUAUUUUUUUAACAGGGGUACGCUCUUAGUCGUUACUUGCUCUUUUUUUUUAGCUUUUUCUAAGUCAAUGAGCCUCUACUGUAAUUUCACAAUAGAGCCAAAGAAUUAAUAUGCAAACUUCAUAAGCCAUUCCUUUCUUUUACGCAUGUAGAAGUGUGUCCCUCUGCAGCACCGCUCAUAAUGUCAUAGAUAGAGCAGUGUGUUUAAAUUUCUAACUUCGUAUGGUGCCUGUCUAGACUGGACUUAUUACUUGUCAGCAACAUUGAGCACAACAUUACAAGAACACUCAGUCUGAUUGUUUUAAUAAGCGCUCCUCCUUGUUGUUAGUCAUAAUCACAUAUCUUUGAUUUUAUUCUUGCUUCUACUCUUAGUCACCUACUGUUGACCACAUCAGAGUCGAGAGUGAACAAUCGGAAAAUUUCAAAUUGAAGUUUUGGUUUAUUUGUGUACUUUAUUUCGCUUUUGUGCCAUAUAUUCUUGCUCUGUUUGUGCCCUGUUGUUUUUCACCUGUAAAUAUGGAAACUGAAAUGCGUCUGCUUCUCUCUUAACCUCUUUUGAGUACAAAUAGACAUUUAUUUAUGUACGAUACAGCUUGCACCUAUCAUGGGUGACUAAUUGCUCAUUAUUACUUUUGUGCUCUUCCAAAUAUAAUUGGCUCAUUUGGACAGGGUACUCACUCUAUCUGACGGUGUAGCCAGUUUAGACAAUUGUAUGGUGGAUGCAACAUCUUAUGGCAGCUAUUGUGUCAUUAGAAUAACACACACUAGCCUUUAGCACUCAUAUUUGUGAAGCAUACUCGACAAAAAAAGUACUUAAAAAAGUGAAGUUAAGUGAAAGGUGAAAAAGUUCACAUGAAAAUGGUAAAGAAAAUAAGUUAUUUCUUCCAGUGACACUGUCUCUCCCAAUUACAGUACAGAAAAUUUGCACAAUAAUGCCAUAACAUAAAUAGCUGAUCGUUGAUUAAUUGCAAGAAAAAUGUUCAAGUAACACUAUGUUGCAGUCGUGCCUAAAACACCAUGAAAUUCCAUUUUUUUGUUCAAUCUAAUUUAGGCUAUCAUUAGAUCAUUGGGCUACCAGGGCAUUCUUUGCCACUUACCCCAGGCAUAUAGCUUGAUGAGGUAUGACAUAAGUCAUACUUGAAAGACUCUAAGUUAGGUUUAAACCUUUUAGUGCCAAAAAUAAUCUCUUCUUGUCAUCAUAACCACAAUGCAGUAACUAAGUUCAUUAGAGAGUUUUCUUAUUGCUGAGCUAGCAGAGUAAUGUAUGCCUUGGGAAAAAAUUAGGGAUAUUGCACAAUUAAUUAAAAAUCUGGUUCUGCAGUCCUUAUGCUCAGGAUAUAUAUUGGCUCUAUUCUUCCCAGAGCCUCGUUGUUCAGUGCCAUUUAAGGAACAUUUUUUUCGUUUGAAGCGAAUAAACUGACAUCACCACAUUUCACAAAGGCUGGAUAAGCAUUGCUCUGCUAAAUCUCUUCACUGAACCUCUGCAAUAAGCUAAUUGUCCUCACGAAUAACUGGUGUAUCAUGUUUGUUUCAUGUGCCGGGUAUCCAAACCGUUUACUUACACGGAAUAUCUGUGAAUAAUGGUACCUAAUGUACCACAGUGUCACGAAGGGUACAGUUGUGUGUAUGUUCAUGCUUUUGAUAUUACCAUACGAUGUCUCUGUCUAUGUCCGAUCUCCGUCUCUAGUCUUACGCCUUGAACAUAUAUGCUACAAAUACCUACCUUAUGACUGAAUUGUAUAUGAUUAAAAGCAAUUGUACAACAUU